AUGCCAUUGCGUGCGACCCAUCCCGGUCAGUGUCCUCUGUAUGGAAUAAGGUGCAUGAUAGCAUGUGCUCCGGUGACAAUCCACAAUUGCAAAAACGCCAAGCCUCCAUGUUGUACAAGUGACGAACAAUGCCCAAAGAAACAAAAAUGUUGUCAACCAGCUUGUGGCUGUUGGAAUCUGUGCACUGAUGUUGCAACCUAA